AUAGGGAGUUUCCUAUAAAAGCGGUCCCAAUCUUAGUACCCUGCACACAUCAAGUCUACAACGAAAAUGAAACUUAUUACAGUUUUGGCCUUUGUCUGUGCAACGUUUGCUGUCCUUCACGGAGUGUACGGAUCUCCGGUGCCGGCCCCGGGUCCUAAACCCAGCCCGGCAGCAGAUCCGAAGCCCAAGGCAGACCCCUCACCCGAUCCGGUCCGAUGGACUCAUCCUCCAAUCAAUCCGAAUCCUGACCAAAUAACGAUUCCUUCGGUGCUUGAAUCGAGAGUGAACCCAGGCCCGCAGGGAGGCGAUGCCAACUUUGUGGCCCUUUCAGCCAACGCCGAUCCUUUGCUUCCAGCUCCAGGAGCCCCAGACCAGAAGAUCGAGGAGACCUCGUCGGUCUAAAAUGGGGGCUAGAUCCCCGGAAUGCGCAGCAGCAAAGUCACAAAGGAGUCUGGACACGCACACAAGAAAGACACACACACGAAUAUAAUAUUAUAUAAUAUUUGAUGCAUGUAUGUACGCACUUAUAUAUUCCAACAUCCAGCAUGGGCAUUAAUAAAAUUGCUAAAAAAAAAAAAAAAA